GUUUUGUAGAAGAGCAGGCUCAUGAAUGUCUGCAGUUCCGACGUUUUGUCACGAGGUGACAUUCCAAGCGACUGGGACCCACGGAGUCCCGUUCCAGUCGGUGGGGCGCCGGGUGCGAUGGGCAACGGACAGUACAAGACCAGCGGCGUGGAGGACCCCGUCCUCAUGCAAGCGCGCGGGCGACGGCUACAGCAGUUCAAGGACGAGUCCAUCGCCGGGGACAUGAAGUGGGAUCCCAGGUAUACGGCGCGCUGCGACUUCGGCGACUCUCCCUGUGGGCCAGAGGGCUUUUCCUGGGUGCUGCAAGCUGCAGUGCAUGAGGGCAAGCUCGCGCGCGUCCCAGAUGCGGCGUUUAAGACCACCGCGCUUGGAGUCGGCACACUGGAGAUGAUGCAGAUGCUGGACCAGACCCCCCUGGGCUACCAGACCAAGGAACUAGGGCUGGGGCUGGUGCAGCCACGGGGCUGGGGAUGGACACUUAUGGCGAGCCGCGCGGCCGGCACGUGGCCUCAAGGGCGAAGCGCCCCGCGGUCUGCGUGCAAGUGCCUCAACAGGUUCCUCGUUGGCGGCUCGGGGUUCACCGGGACAUGCCGGAUCUAUUGUCAGGAGGGCCUCCUCUGGGACGAGGUGGACCCGCACCUAGACUCUGGCCGGCCUGUGAUGGUCAUUCUCUGUUCGCCUUACAGGUGGGAGGAUGGCGGGGAGGGCAAGCUGCACUGGGUGGUCCUGACCGGGUUCGUGAAUGGGGAUCGCAACUGGUACUGGUUCGUGUCGAACGGAUCCAUCCCUGGCUUCAUGCAUGCCGACACUGCCAAGCAUUUGGUGAACGCGGCUAUUGGGAAUCCUUUCAAGAAGGGCGCCUAUAUUGCGCAUCGAGUGUUCCUGAUUGAUUGGUAGCACCACCAAGCGAGCUGCGAAGGUUCGUGUCGAACGGAUCCAUCUCUGGCUUCAUGCCUGCCGACACUGCCAAGCAUUUGGUGAACGCGGCCAUUGGGAAUCCUUUCAAGAAGGGCCUAUGUUGCGCAUGGAGUGUUCCUGAUUGAUUGGUAGCAAUAGGACGUGGGGUAUCUCAACACGGGUAGC